CAACAACAAGGAAAGGCAAUGGCGGGGACGCCUCAAUUUUUUGCCGCAGCCGCAGUCAGCUUCUCUGUCCGCGUCUCAGUCAGCAGCCACCCUCAUUGAGAAUCCGUGAAUUCGUGAUUCGCACAGCUGUAUUUGCUUUUGCAAACACACACACGCCCCGUUAAACAAAAAACAAAGCUAUUGAAGUUUUAGCUUUCUGCAUUUCAAACUAUUGUUUUUGGCUUGUGCAAAUUGCGUGAGUCGCUCUGUCGCGCUGCUCCCAACCUGUCUCUUUCCUCCUUUUCUUUCCACUCUCCCUCCUCUUCAUCUCACUCUCUCGCUCGCUUGCUCCAACAUACGCCACGCUGCUGCCGCCGUUGGCUUUUUGCCGUUAUAGUGUUAUUAUUGCUGCUUUGUCGCUGCGUUUAAAUUUGACACGCUGCUCGAUUUGCUCGUUAUUAACUUUGAUUUGUGUUGUAUUGUUUUUUUGUUGUUUUCCAGUAGUUUGCCGUCGUCAAAAGUCUUCGCUUACGUGUAAUAGUUUUGCCAAAAAUAGCCAAGUAAUAAAAUUAUACAGAAUACUCAUACAUACAUAUAUACAAGUAGCAACAAAAACAAUGAAACGCCCGCACUAACAACACCAGCAACAACAACGGCAUCGAAACUACAACAAGAAAAAAAGCUCUUCAAUUUAUAUGCGCCUGCGUCAUCGUGUGUGCAAUAGUGUGCGUGAAUCUCCAACGAGAGCGUGUAUGUGUGAAUGCGUCGUGUGCGUGUGUGAGUGAGUGAAUGCAUUUAUGCCAAUGUUGCUUGAUUGUGUGUGUGCGUAUGCAUCUGUUUUGAAACCGGCAUCAUAACGUCAGCUGAGCUGAGCAGCGGCGAACAAAAAGACGAAAGAAGAAGAAGCAGUGCGCCUCCAACACCCCCAACUCACCAAAACACACACAUACAUAACGCACACACACAUAUAGAAACAACACGAAAAUGUAUCGAAUCGGUCCAAUUGGACGUAAAUCAAACUUCCAUUCGCGCGAGAAAUGUCUAAUUGGACUCGUGCUGGUGACAUUGUGCUUCCUAUGCUUCGGUGGCAUUUUCCUGCUGCCCGAUAAUUUUGGCAGCGAGCGCGUACUGCGCGUCUACAAGCACUUCCAAAAGGCCGGUCCCGAAAUCUUCAUACCCGCCCCUCCGCUGGCUGCGCAUGCGCCACGCGACGAGGAUCCGCAUUUUAUGGGCGAUCGUCAGCGAUUGCAACAGAAAAUCAUUGCUGAGCUCGGCGACAUACUCGAUGAGCCGCAAGUGGCCGCUGUCGCUGCUGCUGCAUCCGAUGCAGCUGGCGCUGCGGCUGCGCCAGCGGUGCAACAAGAGCAGCCGGUGCAACAGGAGACGCAGCCCGAUGUGGCGCAACAACAACAACGUGUCUCAUCGGCCGAUGAUACCACACAUAAUCAACAACAACAACAACAGCAGCAACAACAACAAUUGAAGCUGCCCAUGGGCAUGUCAAAGGACUCUACAGCUGAUCAUGCUGCCGACGCGGGAAUGGAGGAGAAACGUCUUAAAGUCAAAGAGAUGAUGGAGCACGCCUGGCACAAUUACAAACUGUAUGCGUGGGGCAAAAACGAACUGCGUCCUCUGUCGCAGCGUCCGCACUCGGGCAGCAUCUUUGGAUCGUACGAUCUGGGCGCCACUAUUGUGGAUGGCCUCGAUACGCUGUACAUAAUGGGCCUGGAGAAGGAGUACAAGGAGGGACGCGAUUGGAUCGAGCGGAAGUUCUCGCUGGACAACAUCAGCGCCGAGUUGUCCGUGUUCGAGACAAACAUUCGCUUUGUGGGCGGCAUGCUAACGCUCUACGCCUUCACCGGUGAUCCGCUCUACAAGGAGAAGGCUCAGCAUAUUGCGGACAAAUUGUUGCCCGCCUUCCAGACGCCCACUGGCAUUCCAUAUGCGUUGGUCAACACCAAGACGGGCAUGGCCAAAAACUAUGGCUGGGCCUCUGGCGGCAGUUCGAUUCUCUCCGAGUUUGGCACACUCCAUCUGGAGUUUGCCUACUUGAGCGACAUCACCGGCAAUCCAUUGUAUCGCGAGCGUGUGCAGACCAUACGUCAGGUGCUCAAAGAGAUUGAGAAGCCCAAGGGACUCUAUCCCAAUUUCCUCAAUCCCAAGACGGGCAAAUGGGGUCAACUUCACAUGUCGCUGGGCGCUUUAGGCGACAGCUACUACGAGUAUCUGCUGAAGGCGUGGCUGCAAUCUGGGCAGACGGACGAGGAGGCACGCGACAUGUACGACGAGGCAAUGCUCGCCAUCAUGGACAACAUGGUGCGAACCAGUCCCAAUGGACUGACGUAUGUAUCCGAUCUAAAAUUCGAUCGAUUGGAACACAAAAUGGAUCAUUUGGCCUGCUUUUCAGGCGGACUUUUUGCACUGGGCGCCGCAACGCGUCAGAACGAGCACACGGAUAAGUACAUGGAGGUGGGCAAAGGCAUUACGAACACCUGCCAUGAGAGCUAUGUGCGCACACCGACUCAACUGGGACCCGAAGCAUUCCGUUUCAGUGAUGCGGCGGAGGCGCGUGCUCUGCGCUCCCAGGAGAAGUAUUACAUACUGCGGCCAGAGACAUUCGAGAGCUACUUUGUGCUGUGGCGUCUGACGCACGAUCAAAAGUAUCGCGAUUGGGGCUGGGAGGCGGUUCAGGCUCUGGAGAAGCAUUGCCGCACAGCGCAUGGUUAUUGCGGGCUGCGCAAUGUGUAUCAGCAGGAGCCGCAAAAGGAUGAUGUUCAGCAGAGUUUCUUCCUGGCCGAGACACUCAAGUAUCUUUACUUGCUGUUCUCGGACGAUUCCGUACUGCCGCUGGACGAAUGGGUGUUCAACACUGAGGCUCAUCCGCUGCCCAUCAAGGGUGCCAACAUUUACUAUAGACAGGCGCCAGUUCCGCUGCCUGCAUCGAAUGCUUCAUAAGCAACAUCAGCAACAACAACAGCAGCAGCAGCAAACAUCAAGAAUGUCAUUUUAAUAUUUAAUUUUCCGUUUUUUUUUUCUUUUUGUAUGUAUUUUAGUGUUUUUUUUUAGUUAGUGCUUCUUUUUAAAUACGGUAUAUAUAUAUAUUUUGUAAUUAAUUAUGGACGAUAAUUUUGCAAUAAGGCAAUAAGUAUGUAAUCUUGAUCUUAAAAGUUCGCGAGCGACGACGACGAAAACAACUUUCUGUGUAACAUAUUUAAAAAUGCGAAACUUAAUUAACGUUAGCACUCUCUUCCCUUUAAGUAGUCGAAACAUUUUUACUUACUUAACGCAAGAACACAACCUGCUCCUAGCCCCUGGCCCCUAGCUAUUAUGGUACACAUAAAGUAGUUGGUAUGUUAUCUAGGCACAAGUUGAAUCCCAAAAGAAACUCUUCGUUUUGGGUUACAUUUUAUAGAUACUUUGACAAUUUUGGCAUUUGACAAUUUUGAAAUGCAGAAGCAGCAAUUAAUAUGGUAAUAGACCACACACACACACACACAUACACAUGCAUAGAUAAUUUGUAUAAGUAAACUCAGGUGUUCGAAUAAUGAUUUAACUAUUUCCAUUUUCCCCAUUUCUAUUUCUAGUUCGGUUUCUCAUUCACUUUUUCACAAUAUUCACAAACAAUUUCAAUCUCACUUUUUUGUAAUAUUCUUCUCUAAUCUCAAAUCUUUAUCUCGAGAGAACUCCAAUCUAUUAACUAGCAACUUUUUUGAUAUGAGAAUAAUAUAUAUAUGGGAAACAACUUGCAACAUUCGGUGUCACACACACACAUACACAUGCACUCUGGGUUUGACAAAUUUCGAGAAAUCUUUGUUUUGUAAAUAUUUCCCCCAGCGGCAAAAUGAAGGCAUCUGUCAGAGAGAGAGAGAGAAAGAGAGA